UUGAGAUUGUCAUUUUCGUACGAGUUGAAUAAUGGAUAUUUUCAUAAUAAAUUGGCAUUAAUGGCUUCAUCCGUUCAUAAUAACAGGUUGUCAUCCCCAAGAUCUUUUGGAUGUUGCAGGACUUGCAACAUGUGGUGUUGGAGAGCUUUUAAGUGGCUCCCUGUAAUUUUGGUAGUGUCGAUCAUAUCUUGGUCUUACUAUGCCUACGUUAUCCAAUUGUGCAUUUUUACACUUGAAAGUACCGUUCAAAAAACUAUAUAUCUGCUAGUUUAUCACAUUCUUUUGAUAAUGUUUUGCUGGUCGUAUUGGCGGACGAUUUUUGCAGAUAUAAAACAGAUUCCCGAAAAAUACAAAUUACCUGGUGAAGAAUUGGACAAAUUGCUUAGUGCUGAAUCAGAAGAUGCUCAAAGGACAAUAUUAGAUAAUUUUGCCAAAGAUCUACCUGUACUUACAAGAACGAUGUCAGGCUCGGUACGUUACUGCAACCGUUGCGUGCUGGUGAAACCGGACCGCGCGCACCACUGCAGCAUCUGUGCUCGCUGCGUUCUCAAGAUGGACCACCACUGCCCGUGGGUCAACAACUGUGUCUGCUUCCACAAUUACAAGUUCUUCAUGCUCUUCCUCGGUUAUGCUCUUAUCUACUGUCUAUUCAUCAUGUCAACGUGCCUGCCUUACUUCAUUAAGUUCUGGAAGAUGUAUCAGAAAUACAAGCAUGCCCACUGCGAUCGUUUGAUUGAGAAUGGCACAUAUACUAAACCUUGCAUGGACAUGAUUACCGGCGACUUCGGUACAUCGGCUAGCUCUGGUCGAUACCAUGUGGUGUUCGCGUUCUUCGUGGCCCUCAUGUUCGCGACCACGCUAGGAUCGCUCUUCGGAUACCACUGCUAUUUAGUAGCACAUAAUAGGACCACCUUAGAAGCGUUCCGAGCCCCAAUGUUCAGAGGGGGCGCUGACAAGAAUGGCUUCUCCCUUGGCGCUUUCAACAAUUUUAAAGAGGUAUUCGGGAAUAGUCCGAAUCUCUGGAUGUUGCCUGUCUUCACAAGCAAUGGCGACGGGUGCGAAUUCCCCGUGCGCCGCGAGCACCAGCUGCAGACGUUCGCGCCGCAAGACGCCCAUGGCUACGAAUCCAUGGGUACCACUCGCUCCAGCUAUGGAGACGGGAUCAUAUAUCCCCUUCCUCAACCUGACGAAGACACGGAAUCCCUACUGAGCUCAGAGAGGUGGGACCGCUGGGGCGAGCGCGCGCGACCCUUCGACGAACGCGAAAGCUCAUCGUACGACGAACUCUGAGAGCUGCCAUCAUCAACGCAAAGGUUACGAAUAAAGAUGGGUAAUACUAAGAUCAUGUCUUUGUAGCUUUUUAUAUGCUUAUACAUUUUUCGUCAUAAUUGGCGAAUUAUAUGGGAUGCUUUUUUGGAAUUCGAUUGUCGGUGUACAUAUUUCAUCUACUUUUAGAAUUUUCUAGAACAGCCAUUAACGUUGGUGUAAUUUAGUUUUUAAGAGACUAAAAGCUAACUCUGCUUAUCUCUACUUUUGAGGAAUUACUACGACGUUAUCCGUGAUCUACUUAAAUUCUGGUUAUUACAGAAAUGCAAUGUGACUUAAAAUAUUUGUUUAACUCAGAUAUAAUAGCGUCUUAAAAUAUACUAAAUAAAUCUGAAGUACAAGAUAAUGAGAUGGGUAGUAUAUUAAAGAAUUACAUACAUAUUCUUUUAUGGCAAACACGUACAGGAAAUUAUUAGGCAAAAUUAAUUUACAUUUAUAAGAUUUGCUCCGUGAAUAUAAGAAAUAUUUUCAGUUAUAUGUGUUUAGAAGAAAGGCAAAAUUUUAUUGCAUUUGCUUCUAUAUCUAAUGUUUUAUUCCUUUCGUUUUUUCAUAUAAAUUAUAAGUCAAAUGUGAAAACACAUAAUGGAAUGUACUACGUUUGCUGAUCAUUUUUUUGAUACUUACAUUUAUAAAAGAUAAAUUAGUGUAACAGUCUUUAAGGAUGCUAAAUUAAGUCUAAAAUAUUCGUAAUAGUAUAAUGUAUGUUAAAACAUAUUGGAUGUAUGUAAGUAGUAUAUUUUAUAUGUAUAACUGUAUGUCGAUUGCAGUGACACUUGUAUUAACAUAUUGUCAUCCCGCACAUUCCCUUUGCAAAACAAGAGACAGCAAUAUAUGCUAUGCUAAUACAAGCCUUACGGCAGUGAAAUUCAACUUAAGGCCCUUCGUACUUAAGGAUACGUAAAUCUUCGCAACUCUGUGGCUUUGUUGCUUAACUGACGCAAUACAAUAAAACAAAGGUUCUUACAUAGGCCAGCGUUGACAUUUAGUUUUUUUAAUUUCGUCUCAAAGCUAAUGGCUCGCUACCUGUUAGUCAAUGUUGUUGUAAAAUUGCUGAAAUUUUCAAGACAGCGGAGUAAAUCAAUACAGUUGACAUUUAGUAAAGACGACUCGUACACAUUAUAUGUAUGCAUUGCGAGUUGCGGCGAUACUUGCUAUUCAACUUUACGAUAUUAGUUUCGACGAUUUACGUUACCUCGUGUACAAAGAGCCUAAGAUUGUCCUAACUAUAAACACAAUUCCAAAUUACUAAAUUUAUUUUACGUUUUAUUUCAUAUAAUAAUUCUAUUAAUUUAUUUA